AAUAGCAGCGUCUCGAAGGGCCAUGUAAGCUGCUCUCUUGCCAACCCGUUCUGGAGGUACUUGGUUCAGGAUACAUAAUACGACAGGUCUUGUAUCUUCAAGAUGCCAGGACGAACCCUCACUCAACGAAAACGACGCGUUUUCGACUCUGUUUUCGGUGGGGCGAAUAUUUCUCUUCCAACACCAGUUGCGACUCCAGCUACUGGCUUCACAAUUUCUGGCCAGGCGUUUGGAGCACUCCCACCUAUUCAUUACGACAAAGAAACAUUUCAAUCAUCGGAUAAUAAACGAUCACAUGCAUCCAAAGCACUAUCAUCAGAUCCAUCCGAUCAUAUUCAAGACCAGGUUCGCUGGGAUCGAUCAUGGCAUCUUGUCACCGAAACCCUGUCUCUUCCUGACUUCCCCGUGAAUAGAGCCGUGCUCGAACCUCUUAGACCGGAACGACAAUUAAUGGACUCGGAUUUCUACAGUGCUCUCAAAGAUGUUCUUUAUCCUCGAAUCUACGUCCCUUGUGCUCGUCAAACAGAGGAUCUCGUUGACUGGCACACAAUUCAAGUACGAUACCAUUUCCUGCAGCAUGUUCUUCCUAUGAUACUCCAUUUGCGAGAGCAUGAAGACGCAGCGGCAAUACUGCUCAAAUCCAUCAAAUAUCUCGAGGCCGCACAACGGCAUUAUAACCACGGUCUUUCAUUCGUUAAGGAACAGCUGGAUUUAUCUUCACCUGAAACUUCAGGGCCAGUUAUGGCAAGAUUUCGCCGAGAUCUCGACGCGAUUGUCAGCAAUUCGCUCAUGGAGCCAUUAUCGGUCGCUUUGAAGGUGGUUUUCAAACGACACGUGUUUUCAAUUCUCGGUCUUCCACAGAAUUAUGAUGAUUGGACUGCGGCGACAAUACUUCCCGAAAAUUCUGCAACUGAAAAGUCACGCCGAGAAGUUCUUUGUUUAGUUGAGUCUUUCAGAAAGGUUGGAUUGGCAGGUGAGAGAUUUCAGGUGUACUUUGCUGAGAUCAUGAACACUGCAAUGAUGGAUUAUGUCUACCGAGGCUGCAAAGGUAUCUGGACUCUGGAGGAUAUGUCGGAAGUGCUUCGAGACAAACACGGAGCUUCCUCAUCCGUAGAUCGAACCUCAAUUUUGCCACGGACGGCCCACAACUUAUCUCCGUCUACGUGUGUCACAAAUUUGUGUGGCUGGAUUGAGAAUAGAUAUGCCAAACUUGCUGUCCAGGUUCUUAACAUGGUAGGCACCAGAUCAGUAUCUUGGACUGACAAAGAGAAGUUCAAGGAGAUGAGUAUUGGUCGUCUAGCAGAACUUCGAACGAAAGAGUUAUUCGACAUUGUGGGAGACUGGCCGGACAGUAAUGGAGCCUUGGACGAUCUUCGCACUGCCAUUACGACGCCGCAAAGGCGUUUAAAACUGACAGAAGUUUUUGCUGCACGGCUGGGAGGGAGGCUCUUGCACCCGGGCACCUCGACCCUGCAGAUUUUGCAGACCUACAUCUCUAUAAUCUGGUCUUUCCAUUCCCUGGAUCAUUCCAAAGUUCUACUGGAUCGAGUAGCAUAUCCACUACAGUUGUACUUGUGCUCGAGAGAGGAUACAGUUCGAAUCAUCAUUGCCGGUUUGCUGUCAGACACUGAGGGUGCACAAGGGAAUCCAAUCACGUCUGCAAGCGAUAAGUUGGUGGAGCUGGCACAGCUCUUAAAUCAUGGCUCGGACCAGGUCGGUAAACGGGCAAACGAUGAAGAGCUUGACUGGCAUGAUAUGGAUUGGGUACCUGACCCAGUUGAUGCUGGUCCUGGUUACAAACGAUCAAAGAACGCCGAUAUCAUCGGAACUCUGAUUGGAGCACUUGGUUCCCAAGAUGUAUUUAUUAAGGAAUUCCAAAGUAUGAUUAGCGAAAAUCUGCUGAAGCAUGAUGGAAAUUUUGAAAAGGAGGUCGGCUUCCUAGCCACAUUCUGCUGCAUUGGGACUAACAACAUAUUCCAGAUCAAAGUAGUCGAGCUCUUGAAAAAUCGGUUUGGAGAAGCGCCUUUACAAGCCUGCGAGGUCAUGCUCAAGGACAUCCAAGACUCCAGCAGAGUCAAUGGCAUCAUCAGGAGAAACCAGAAUUUGGACCCUAGUGAACAUGGGAUCUUUACAGCUACAUCAAAGACGGAUCUGACGGAUGUCGGCUCAACUCCGGAAGGUCUCUUCAAGCCUUCAUUGCACGCAAAGAUCUUAUCCAGGCUAUUUUGGCCUCAGCUACCCGAGGAAAGCUAUCUUAUCCCGAAGAGUAUCACGGAGCUUCAGAAUAGAUACGAGAAAGGGUUUGAAUCUCUCAAAGCCGCCCGCAAACUGACUUGGCUUCAUGUUUUAGGCCAUGCCACAGUUGAAUUGGAACUCGAGGAUCGAACGAUCGUUGAGGAGGUUCAGACGUGGCAAGCGACCGUUAUCUGGGCUUUUCAGAACGCUGAAGUGGAGGAGAAAUACCCGCACAGGAGUGUACAGGGGCUGGUAGACAGUCUUGAAAUGGAUGAGUCGCUUGUUCGAAGCGCGUUGAAAUUUUGGGUCAACAAGCUCGUGCUACAUGAAAUCUCUCCCAAUAAAUUUGCUGUUCUCGAAACGCUGAACAAAGAAGAUCGCGCCCGGUCAAACGCACAAGCAACCGCUUCCGCUAUGGCAGGUGGAAACGGAAGCGUUGAUGAUAUUGGGUUUGCGGCAGAUGGGGCCAUUGGGAAGGAGAAGAUGGGUAUCUACUGGCAGUUCAUCCAGGGCAUGCUAAAGAAUAGUUCAAGCCAGAUGCCGCUGCAGAAGAUUGCGAUGAUGUUGAAAAUGCUUAUCUCGGAUGGAUUUCCCUACAGCAAUGAGGAACUGCAGGAAUUCUUGGGCCUGAAGGUUGCAGAUGGGAGUUUGGAGUUUGCUGGCGGGAAAUAUAGACUUAAGAAAUAAUGGACUGUCCGUUGGUUUCUGUCGAUUCUGGUCAUGCUCAACAGGAUGCGUGGAAGGAGACGAGCCAGGGAUAAUAAGUAGCAAGACACUGCAUAAGAAGCCUAGGUGCAUAUUAAAUCCAAGUCUUGACGAUGUGAAAACGUCAAGCAUCAGACACCUCCGAAGUGACAAUUCUUCCUUCGUCACGGCACCGUAGGCGAUACGAUACUGCAGACCCCCUUGACCGGUUCGUGCCUUAUUUGGGCACGUCUGUGGCACAGCGACCAGACAAUAAUUGCAACUUGCAGGCACGUCUGGAGUUACCUGGUUGGCUGUUCGGAAGAGGAGCGGGGCGGAUGGAGGACAAGGGCAAUGGAAGGCAAGAGUCGUUACCCAGGUACCUUGGGCAAGGGGAUGGAAUGCGUACAGAAGGGAGGAAUUACUUGGUGUUAGGGGUCUGAGACCAAACGGUCUACCAGGGCCGGUCCAGGUUGUUUGUUUGUGCUGUGUCAAGCAUAUUUCAGUGCUGAACAGUGGACAGAGAGAGUGUGUGGAGACUCUGGAACCACCUGCUCCAGCGAGCCUCUCGCACGGACGGAGACGAGAAAGUGGCCGGCGAGACCGUACCAGAUGACUUGAAGUUGGUGGAUGUGGAUUGGAUGGGUGAGUGAAUGGAAAAGAAUGGGUCAGAGUAGAAAUCGGUAAAAGCAAGUACAUGUAAGUAAGGGAAUUCAUGCAUUGUUACGACUGCAAUAAUGCCCGUCUUUCCCUUCUUUCUCCCUUCACCGCCAGAAGAUGGACUGGUGAGUUUGGUGUCAGAGCAGGUUGCAGGUAGACAUGUCCUAAUCAAGAUAAGGGUUGAGGGCUGACGGGAGUGGCGGAAGAGCGCAAAAAGGCUGGGACAAUGAGAAGAGGAUACUCCGAAGGAUGCAAUAAGGACGAGAACAAGGUGAACAGGG